AUGUUCCGGACUUGGUGUCUUUAAGCCGCUCUUCCUUCUUUGGUCGUAGCUUUUGAUCAGGUGUGCUCCAGCUUCUCUUCGUUCUCGUGAGUCGUUGGUAAUCUGUGUUUGUCAAGGUCUUUUUGUUGGGUUCGUCUCUUGGAUGGCAAUCUGUUGUGUAGGCAUCUACUUGCUUCCUCUGCAUGGUGUGAGGUAUCAAGACGAAGCAAUGGGUUCGAUCUUCGGCUCUUCUCUUGCGAGGACGUGACCACUCUCUUGCUUUGUAGAUGGUUGAGUUUGGGUACACGAGGGUCCGCGUGCAAGAGCUGCUGAUCCUUUUAGACGUUUUCCCCACUUGGAGUUUCAAGGUUCAACCUUGUGCCUUUCCUCUCUUGGGUUGUCCGUGGUCUUAUUGCAGACGCGGUAGUGGUUGUUAUUGGCUCUAUUUGCGCCUCGGUUGUUGAUUGUUUCCGCCGGUGUUGUUUCUCGUGAGGCUGUGGUUGUGACCUGUGAUGGAUUGUGGUCUUCUCAAGUCUCUGUUUCUGAGUUCAACUCGUGCGUCUUCAGGUUCUUGGUCAUGAUUGGCGACCUGGUGCUGUUAUGGUAUUCGGUUUGAGUUUCCUUGAUCAUUAAGUAUUUCAAGUCAUAAUCCUUUGUUUGUAGUAGUCUCUAGAGUAAUGGUUUUAUUUAUGUUUUUUUAACUUGGGUCUCUGGGAUGUUCGAUUUGUGAACUCUCGGCUUUGGUCUUCGGAAGAGUUGCGACUCUUGUCGACUGUUGGCUUGUAAUGAUGGUACUUCCGUUUAAGUUGAAUGAAAUUCAAAGAUGACAAAAAAAAAAGAAGGUUCGAGAUGGAAAGAAUACUUCUACACACUUCUUCUUUGCCUCUUCUCCAAGCAUCCCCCAAAAAAAAAAUCAAAACUCAUAUAAUCUUCUCCCAGCGAAAAUCUCCGUCGCCUUUCGAUAAAACCCCUUCUACACGUUCGUCGCCCUCGCUAGUUGCUUCUUCAGCAACCUCUCAUGGCGUCCAGGAGACUAUCCAAGUCCACCGCUUCUGCAGCCAUCAGAGCCUAUAACGCUUUCUCCACACCCUCUCUCCUCCUCCGCUCUCGCGCUAUCUCCGCCGCCUCUGCUCACCACUUCACAUCGCGUUCCUCUCCCACCUCCUCUCUUCUCCGGCCAAAUUCCCUCAUCGGAGCUCCCGGAAACGCCGCAAACUCGAUCACUCAUGGCCGACAACUGCUACCUCUCUCUUUCCAAUUCCUUUCUCCGCGCCGCUUCUCCGCCACCGCAGCUCAGACUAAUCAGAACUCGUAUACGGAGAUGGCUUGGGAAGGGAUUCUCAACGCCUUCGACGCGGCUCGCGUCUCUAAGCAGCAGAUCGUGGAGUCUGAGCAUUUGAUGAAAGCUCUCUUGGAGCAGAAAGACGGUCUCGCCAGGAGGAUAUUCGCUAAGGCUGGGAUCGACAAUAGCUCUGUUCUCCAGGCUACUGACGCAUUCAUCUCCACACAGCCUAAGGUUACUGGUGAUACCAGUGGUCAGGUGCUAGGGUCGUCUCUCAGUACUGUGUUGCAAAACGCGGAGAGGUAUAAGAAGGAGUUUCAAGAUGAUUAUGUGUCUGUUGAACACCUUCUGCUGGCGUUUUAUUCGGACAAAAGGUUUGGGCAAGAGUUUUUUAAGAACCUGAAACUUAAAGAGGAGGCCUUGAAGGAAGUUGUUAAAGAGGUCCGCGGUAGUCAACGAGUUACUGAUCAAAAUCCUGAAGGAAAGUAUGAUGCGCUUGAAAAGUAUGGGAAUGAUUUAACUGAGAUGGCCAGACGAGGGAAACUGGAUCCUGUCAUUGGGAGGGAUGAUGAGAUUCGGCGGUGCAUCCAGAUAUUGUGCAGGAGGACGAAAAACAAUCCUGUUAUCAUCGGUGAGCCUGGUGUUGGCAAAACUGCAAUCGCUGAAGGGUUGGCGCAGCGAAUUGUACGAGGGGAUGUCCCUGAACCUCUUAUGAAUAGGAAGUUAAUAUCUCUUGACAUGGGUUCGCUGCUUGCUGGUGCCAAGUUUCGAGGAGAUUUUGAGGAACGGUUGAAAGCAGUACUGAAGGAAGUCACUGCUUCCAAUGGACAGACAAUCUUGUUCAUUGAUGAAAUUCACACUGUUGUUGGUGCAGGAGCUACCGGUGGAGCAAUGGAUGCGAGCAACCUCUUGAAACCAAUGCUUGGAAGAGGUGAACUGAGAUGCAUUGGUGCAACUACACUGACUGAAUACCGCAAAUACAUCGAGAAAGACCCAGCUUUGGAACGUAGGUUUCAACAAGUGUUAUGUGGCCAACCAUCUGUUGAAGACACCAUUUCGAUUCUUCGUGGGUUAAGAGAGCGUUACGAGUUACACCAUGGUGUUAAAAUAUCAGAUGGUUCCCUUGUUUCAGCAGCGGUUCUGUCAGACCGCUACAUCACUGAACGCUUCCUGCCAGACAAAGCUAUUGAUCUUGUUGACGAAGCUGCUGCAAAGCUGAAGAUGGAGAUCACUUCUAAACCAACCGAACUCGACGAAAUAGACAGAGCUGUGAUCAAACUGGAGAUGGAGAAGCUUUCUUUGAAAAACGAUACUGACAAAGCCUCAAAAGAACGCCUUCAUAAGAUUGAGAAUGAUUUGACCGCUCUCAAAGAAAAACAGAAAGAACUCAGUGACCAAUGGGAGCAAGAAAAGUCUCUCAUGACUAGAAUACGUUCUUUUAAAGAAGAGAUCGAUCGUGUGAAUCUGGAAAUUGAAUCUGCUGAACGUGAAUACGACCUACAACGUGCUGCUGAGCUUAAGUAUGGAACACUUAUGUCCCUUCAACGCCAAUUAGAAGAAGCUGAGAAAAACCUCACCAAGUUCAGAGAGUCUGGACAGUCAUUACUCCGGGAAGAGGUAACCGAUCUUGACAUAGCAGAGGUAGUAAGCAAGUGGACCGGUAUUCCACUGUCGAAUCUUCAGCAGUCAGAGAGAGAGAAGCUGGUCAUGCUGGAACAAGUGCUCCACAAGAGAGUUGUUGGUCAAGACAUGGCUGUAAAAUCAGUAUCAGAUGCUAUCCGGCGUUCAAGGGCCGGUCUCUCUGAUCCUAACCGUCCAAUAGCCAGCUUCAUGUUCAUGGGUCCCACAGGUGUUGGCAAAACCGAGCUCGCCAAAGCUCUGGCCGGAUACCUUUUUAACACUGAGAACGCAAUCGUGAGGAUCGACAUGAGCGAGUACAUGGAAAAAUUCUCAGUCUCGCGGCUCGUUGGUGCACCACCUGGCUAUGUCGGUUAUGAAGAAGGUGGACAGUUGACUGAAGCUGUUCGUAGAAGACCCUACUCAGUGGUUUUGUUCGAUGAGAUCGAGAAAGCCCAUCCUGAUGUCUUCAACAUCCUGCUGCAGCUUCUCGACGAUGGAAGGAUAACUGAUUCUCAAGGGAGGAGAGUGAGUUUCACAAACUGUGUUGUGAUUAUGACCUCUAAUAUAGGAUCCCACCACAUACUCGAGACUCUCGGAAACAGUGAAGACGGCAAAGAAGCAGUGUAUGAGUUGAUGAAGCGGCAGGUUGUGGACUUGGCAAGACAAACUUUCAGGCCAGAGUUCAUGAACAGGAUCGAUGAGUACAUAGUCUUUCAGCCGCUAGAUUCGAAGGAAAUCUCCAAAAUCGUUGAGUUGCAGCUGGAACGAGUGAAGAACAGGAUGGAACAGAAGAAAAUAAAGCUUCAGUACACAAAAGAAGCAGUGGAUCUUCUUUCUCAGCUUGGGUUUGAUCCCAACUAUGGGGCAAGGCCUGUUAAGAGAGUGAUCCAACAGAUGGUAGAGAAUGAGAUCGCCGUUGAAGUUUUGAAAGGGGAUUUUGCAGAGGAAGACACUAUCCUCCUCGAUGUUGACCAGACAAGCAACAAAUUGGUCAUCAAGAAGCUCGAGAACAAUGCUCCUAUCGAAGAAAUGGCAGCUUGAUUAUACUAUAAACAAGCGUUUUUGUAACUUUUUGUUCUAUGUUCUGUAGAUUCAGCUCUGUUUUCUGACACGUGCGGAUGGAUGAUGUUUAAAAGUUUUAUCUCCUGCCGACAGAAGCAACAGACCUACUUCUUUGUCCAUAAGCAUUUUGAAUUAACACCA